GGGCUGCGGUGGUUGGGAGAGGGAAGGGGGGGCAGGAAACGCCCCGUGGGACCCCCAGGACCUGCCCAGCCCUGGAACAGCGGCAGUGGGGCCGGGAUUGGACUGGGCUGCACUGGUUUGCACUGGGAGGGGGGAUCCGGUGGGAAUGGGGGGGUCCUGACUCCCUUAUCCCACCAGGGUCUCGCUGCAGUGGGGGGACCAUGGGGCUCCCUGCGGCCCCGCUCGUGCUGCUGCUGCUGCUGCUGCGCCCUGUCACCCCCAUGUCCACCGUGUCCCCCUGUUCGGCCUUGCUGCUGGACACUCCCGAGGACCUGGACCUGACCAACAGGAGCCGUGGAUGCGCCGAGCUGGACUGGAGCCCGUUCCAGCGGCAGCGCCGGCUGGUGCUGAGGCACAACGGCAUCGAGUCGCUGAGCCCCCGGGCCCGCCUGGGCCCCAGCACGGAGGAGCUGGACCUGGCGGAGAACCGGCUGCGGGAGCUGCCCCGCGGCUUCUUCGCCAACGCCACGGCGCUGCGGACCCUGCGGCUGGAGGGGAACCCCCUGCCCGCCCUGCCCGCCGCCGCCUUCCAGCCCUCGCUGCGCUCCCUGUCCGUGUCCUGCCGCUGCGACCUGCUGGGCACCGUCCUGGCUCCCUGUGCCCGCGCGGGGAUCCUCUGCCACUGCUUCGCAUCCCGGCAGCAGCGCUUCAACGUCACGGAGUUCCACGGCCGGGAAUGCGGGUCCCGCGUGGGGCUGGUGGCCGGGCUGGCCGGGGCGGCCGCGGCCGUGGCCGUGCUGGUGGCCGUGGGCGCUGCCGUGGCUCGGUACCGGCGGAGGAGAACGGGAGCCGCGGUGGCCGGUGCGGGAAGGGGGAAGCAGGAUCCCGCCGGGAACCUCCGGCAGCCCCGUUACAUCAGCCGGGACACCGGGAUCGGCGGCGCCGAUGUCGCCGAUGCUCCCGACUACGAGAACGUCUUCGUGAGCCGCGGCACGGCCCCGGCGGCAGCGCAGGGAUGGGCGCAGGGAUGGGCGCAGGGAUGGCAGGAGCAGCGCUACAGCCCGCAGGUCCCUCUGGAUCAGGAUUAUUUCCUGGAGAGCGCGGCCGAUCCCGGGGACCAGCCCAUCUACGCCAACACCCUGUGCCCCACCGAGGACGUUUACAUCAUCCCUGACCAGUGAGGGGCUGGGGGACACUGGGAGGGCUGGGGGACACUGGGAGGGCUGGGGGACACUGGGAGGGCUGGGGGACACUCUCUGCCCCCCACUGAUGCCCUUUCCCGGCUGUCCCCCAGCCCAGAGGGGACAGGGACCUUCCCCACCGCCCCGCAGGGUCACGCGCGGUUCCCCCACGCGCGUCCUGCGGGAACUUCUCUUGCAGGGGGAUUUUCCUUUAACAGCCCCAGUCCCUCCUUCGCCCCAGUUCUCACCGUGGGGCGAGGGCUGAGCUGACAUUUCCUCCCGGGGCUGCGGCCACCGACCGCGGGGACGCCUCGUGCGCCGCAUCCGCCGGCAGCUGCCACCGAGCGGGGGCUGGGACACGCGUGGAGUCCCUGGGACGGGGACACGCGAGGGGUCCCUGGGGUGGGACACGCGAGGGGUCCCUGGGGCGGGGACACGCAUGGGGUCCCCACAGACACGCGUGGGGUCCCUGGGGCGGGGACACAGGCGGAGUUCUUGGGGUGGUGACACGCGUGGGGUCCCUGGGGCUGGGACACAAUCGGGGUCCUGGAGUGGGGGGGACACGCGCGGGGUCCCCACGGACACGCGCGGGGUCCCUGGGGUGGGACACACAUGGGGUCCCCACAGACAUGUGCGGGGUCCCUGGGGCGGGGACACAAUCGGGGUCCUGGAGUGGGGACACGCGAGGGGUCCCUGGGGUGGGACACAAUCGGGGUCCUGGAGUGGGGACACGCGCGGGGUCCCCACGGACACGCGCGGGGUCCCUGGGGUGGGACACACGUGGGGUCCCCACGGACACGCGCGGGAGGAGCCGGGGUUUGGGCUGAUCACAGUCUCGGCUUUCUCGGCUUUUCUCUUCCCCUUUUGUGCCGGUGGGGAGCGCCGGGACGCGCUGCUGGUUGGGGACAUCCGGUGCCACCUGCGCCCUCCUUUCCUGCCAAACCCGCCCCUUCGGGGAACAAAGAAAAAGCUUCUUUUAUUCCUCCUGGUGAGACCCGGAGCCGUCGGGUGCCAUGAGGACAUAAAGACCCCAUGGCUUGUCUGGAUGUCCCCCCACCCAGCCCCUGGGAGGCUUCACUGUGUCCCAUUAAAUGGUUUAAUUAUCUCUAA